AAACUGCAGGGCCAGUACAUGUCGAGUAUGUAAGGGCAAGCAUCAUACGUUACUACACAAACCAAAUACCAACACUCAUGUAGGUAGUAACCCCGUACCAACGCGAUUACCAAUAUCAACGUUAAUCGACGAACAACCGAGUUCUAGUCAAAUCGAGACUACCUUGUCGAAUAACACUUUAAUCGAAAAACAAAUAAACAAUGCGCGAAAUAGGUCAGUUUUCCUUACAACAGCCCAAGUGCUCGUUAGGGAUAAGCAUAACAAUGUGCAUAAAAUGAAGGCAUUUUUAGACAAUGGCUCGCAAGAAAAUUUCAUUACCGAAAACGCGGCCAAAAAGUUACAAUUAAACAAGGAACAACUUGCCUUAAAUGUCAUAGGUUUCAAUGAAAAAGUGUCUAGCCUUUUAGAAUCGUGUGACGUAACAUUGCAUUCCUUAGACGGAACCUUUACAACGAAUUUGUCCUGUUUUAUUACGCCUAUAAUUUGUACUACCAACAUUUUAAUACCAAACGUGCAACGUUGGCACAUUCCGUCGCGUUAUAAAUUAGCUGAUGACGAGUUUAACUUAGCUCAAGAUGUAGAUUUGCUUAUCGGUGGGGAGAUAUUCUUUGAUUUACUUCUUACCGGUAAAUACAAGCUCGGGCCCGGAUUACCGGUUCUGAGACGCUCGCGAUUAGGAUGGAUAGUCACGGGUUCCGUACAAAAAAAAACCGAGUCUGCCAUUCAAUGUAAAGUUACAGUAGAAACUCAAUUAAAAAAGUUUUGGGAAAUAGAGGAGGGUUCCGCACCAAAUUUACCCUAUGAUGAAAAACAAUGUGAGGAUAUAUUUCUGAAAACUCACACUCACAACUCUGAGGGUAAUUUCGAAAUAGAACUUCCAUUAAAGCAGCCACCUACCAAGUUAGGUCAAUCUAGGCACAUAGCAUAUCGGAGGUUCAAAACAUUAGAAUCCAAGUUCGAGCGGAACCCCGAAUUUAAAGAUAAAUAUGUGAAUUUCAUGCGCGAGUUCGAACAAGCUGGCCAUAUGAUUCAAUUACAAGAUAAUUAUGAUGGCCCAUGUAAUUUUCUACCCCACCAAGCUGUUUUUCGCGACUCCCCCUCAACCCCUAUUCGAAUUGUUUUCGACUGCUCAUGCAGAACUGAUAACGGCAUUUCUUUGAAUGAUAUCCAAUACAAAGGCUCAAUAAUACAGGACGAACUCAUAAAUAUACUUCUACGAUUCCGAAAAUACCAAUAUGUUAUUAACGCUGACAUACAAAAAAUGUACAGAUGUAUUUAUGUUAAACCAAAUCAACAAUACCUACAAUGCAUAUUUUGGCGGGAAAAUACUCACCAACGACUCCAAAUUUAUAUGCUGACCACAUUAAGUUUCGGCUUAAAGUCAGCACCACAUAUUGCAACCAGAUGUUUGUUACAAUUGUCAAACGAAAACCAACACACAUUUCCAGCAGCUGCAGAGGCCAUAGCGAACCAGUUCUACAUGGACGAUUUUAUCGCCGGCGGCGACGACGAGAAUCAGGUAGCUGAAACUGCAUCACAGGUGAACGAGAUCCUGCGGGGAGCCAACUUCACGCUGCGGAAAUGGAAGUCCAAUUCCGAAGUCAUCAUAAAACGGGUGAGCGAAACACACACACACCAAAACACACACACAACCGAAUUUGGAGAUAAAACACAUAAGGUCCUGGGUUUAGCGUGGUCUAGUGACUCAGAUGAGCUUAUGUAUACCAUUAAAGAAAACCAAAUUUCACACCCAAUCACCAAAAGAAAGGUACUAGGGGUAAUUUCGUCCAUUUUCGACCCCCUAGGCUUGACGGGACCAGUAAUUGUAGUAGCCAAAAUAUUUAUUCAAAAAUUAUUUAAGGCUCAAUUAGAUUGGGAUACCGAAUUAACACAAGACUUGAUCCAAGAAUGGAACACAUUCUAUCGAGACUUGUUUUUAUUAAACCAAUUGAAAAUUUCGAGAUGUACAGUCAUACCCAAUUAUGUAACGAUACAAAUUCAUGGGUUCUGUGACAGUAGUAUUAAAGCCUAUGGCGCUGCCAUCUAUAUACGAUCAAGCGAUAGAGUAGGAAACGUACAAGUUCACCUACUUUACUCAAAAUCAAAAAUAAGUCCAAUACAACCCCAAACUAUUCCAAAUUUGGAACUUUGUUCCAGUUUACUGCUCGCGACACAUGUCGACAAAAUAAAACGAGCAUUAAAAUGUGACGUUUCCGGAAUCAACCUGUGGUCAGAUUCAAAAAUAACAUUAUGUUGGAUAAAAAAUAGUAACCCUAAAUUAACUUGUUUUGUUAGUAACAGAGUCACAAAAGUAUUAUCACUUACAAACAAGCACGAGUGGUCAUGGGUCCGCUCGGAGGAUAACCCCGCCGACCUUUUGUCCCGAGGGGUAGCACCAGGCAAGCUGGAAACCAACCAGUUAUGGUGGUCUGGGCCGGCGUGGUUGACCCAAAGUCCGGACACAUGGCCGACCCACGAUUCUGAGUCACUAAAUCAUGCACCCGAGGCCGAGAGCGACGUAAACAUAACUCUCACCUUGGCUAUUAGCACAGAAUCUAACGACACGAUACAAUAUCUUUUCCACAGGUGGUCAAGCGAUAAAACACUUAUUCAUGUAUUAGCAUACAUACUUCGAUUUAUAUAUAAUACAAAAAAUAAAACUCGAACAAUUAAUCCAAAUAAUAAAUUAUCAGGACCAUUGUCCGUAGAAGAAUUAAAAAAAUCGGAUCACGCAUUAAUUAGACAUGCACAAAUGGAAUCAUUCCCACACGAAUAUAAAUUAUUGCAAAACAAUAAACCGGUUCUUAACAAAUCAAAAAUAUUAUCUUUACACCCAUUCAUGAAGGACGGACUCGUUCGCGUAGGCGGACGAAUCGGUCUUUCGCAUUAUGCAUAUGAAAAAAAACAUCCUUUAAUAUUAAGUCACGAGCACGCGCUUACCAAACUACUGAUGGCAAACGCACAUAUACGUACUCUGCACGCUGGCCCUCAGUUAUUACUUUCAACUAUUCGCGAGCGCAUCUGGCCAACAAAAGGUAGGAUGUUAGCCUCGAAAAUUGUAAAUAAAUGCGUUCCGUGUUUUAGAGCAAAUCCAAAGACUACUAACCCUAUAAUGGGAAACUUACCCCCCUCAAGGGUAAAUCCUUCCCCCCCCUUUGCUAUCACGGGUAUCGAUUAUGGAGGACCUUAUAACAUUAGAGAUAGGACAGGACGUGGUUACAAGGUCUCUAAGUGCUAUAUAGCAGUGUUUAUUUGUUUUGCAACAAAGGCAAUUCAUCUCGAAUUAAUUACAGGGCUCGAGUCAGCCAAUUUCCUGGCGGCGCUGCGACGAUUCAUCGCCAGGAGAGGUAAACCGAAGGAGUUGGACUUCUGGCGGCGCUGGUCACGUGACUACAUCGGAACGCUGCAGGAACGCACGAAGUGGAGGAGCGCGCGCGGCCCAAGCCUCGCAGUCGACACCGUCGUCCUGGUACGAGACGAGCGUCUGCCGCCCUGCCGGUGGAGGCUGGGCAAGAUCGUCGCGACGCAGCCGGGCCGGGAUGGCGUCACCAGGGUGGCCGUCAUCCGAACCGCCAGAGGGGACAUCCAACGCGCGUUCAAUAACAUUUGUCCAUUACCUACUUCGGGUGAAGUCAUAUAAGUAGUAAAUACCUACCAACAGUACCAACCUAAUGUAAAGUUCAAAUAAUUAUAACUAAGUGUCAAAUAAGUAUAAUUAAGUACCUAAAUUACCUUACUUACCUAGUACCUAUGUACAUAAUUAGAAUACCUACUCCCUAUUUAAAAUAAAAAUCAUUUCCUAUUGUUGUUUCAUUUAUAAGAAUGGGCACAGAUCUAAUUAAAAUUUAAGUAAUUACCUAACUAUAACUCGUAACAAAGAACUCUGCCCAUCCUUACUGAUAGGUAAAAUGUAUAAAGCCUAUUCUUUGAAAUACCUAAUGUUACUCAUAAAACAUUAACUAUUUCAAGGGGUGGCAAAAUGUUAAGACCUAUCUUAACAAGUAGCAGAUAAGUAGGUAUUAGCAUACCUAAGUACCUACUUACCUAAUCUAGACAGAUUAAGUCUCUCAAUCGUCCUAUGAUAUGUAAAGGUGACAUCUACCGAAACUAUUGUGUACUAGUUUAAGUGCUCAAUAAGCUGUUAGCUAUGUCAAUGUAUGUAAUAGUUCCUAACCAAUCCGUAGUGUCAUAGUGUGGCGCUGUACUUUACUAUAUAAGCUUCUACAUGUAUGUAGAUAAGCCCACUUUUUCUAACCAGCCUUCUGUAAAACAUUAAAUUAAGAU